UGGCGCUUCCCCACCCAUCUGACAAGAAAAGAGUUCCGGGUUCUCUACAGCCGAGAGCCGCUCGCGACAGCUGCCUGUGCAAACGGCGGGAAACAUGUCUCUUUUACUGGAUAAUCAAUUUAAAGAGCUACCCCCGGACAAGUCCAUUGACACAAAGUUGUUCCUGGAGACUGUCUCUCAUCUGCCAUCGUUUUUCGACUGCCUGGGAUCAAAAAUAUUUCUACCCAUUAAAUCAGACAUUAGUGGCAAUAUAACAAAAAUUAGAGGAGUAUAUAAUAAAGAUCCUGCUAAGUAUGUGACCCUGCAGAGCAUUCUGGAGGCAGAGCGUGAGGCCCAUGCAGCAGAGUGGCCUAAAGUUGGAGCAACUUUAGCUCUGAUGUGGCUUAAAAGGGGUCUCCGUUUCAUACAGAUCCUGCUGCAGAGUUUGGCAGAUGGAGAAAAGGAUGAGAACAACCCCAAUUUAAUCAAGGUUAACGUCACCAAAGCUUAUGAACAGGCACUGAAGAGAUACCAUGGCUGGAUGGUUCAAAAGAUUUUCGGUGCAGCACUGAGUGCAGCUCCCUACCGGUCAAACUUCCUGAAAGCUUUGUCCAAAGGCGAGGAAGUGAAAGAAGAAGAGUGUUUGGCAAAUGUGCGUCAGUUCUUGGUAAAUUUCACCAUCACUGUAGAUGCCAUCUAUGAGAUGUACACAAAUAUGAACGCAGAGCUGGACUACACAGUUUGAUGUCUCUGGGCAUUCCUGGACUUGAUGUGUAGCUUCUUCUCUAUUAUACUGACAUACAGAGGUGGUUUUAAAAGGUUUUAUUUUUCUUUAAAGUGUGAUAUUUAUUGCUUUAAUUAUGCCUUAUUGAAUAUUUAAUGCUAUCUGGACUUAAAAUUAUGCCUUAAUUUCAACACAACAACAAACAUUUUUUUGUUCUACAAGAUUCUAAGGAAUAAGGAUUGUUUUGAAACACAGUUAUGCAGCGCUGUUAUUAUAUCAGUUGCUGCUGUAUUUGACACUGGCAGGUGGCUUUCACCUGUUCUAUCAAGGGAAGACUGUAAACAGUGUUACAACAGGAAAACAUUUCUGUUAACGCCUCUCAUUCAGGCACUCUCUCUGCUCCCUGAGCCCUACACUCAGCUGUUUCAAAGUUUGAACAGCUCCUUUUAUGAAGUCAUAGAAGCUAAAACCACCGUGUGCCUUAAUUAAACAAUGUCAUAACAAAAAAAAGAAAAACUUGGCCAGAUUUCCUCCCCUAAGGGCCUUAGGUGUAUGGAGUCUGUGUUGAGUAAGAAGGUGUGGUCUAGUUAAGCUUGUGUGUCAUGUAUUGUUCUGUUUUUCUAUUUAUAUCCUAACUGACCUAACAACUUUUACACACAUAAUACAUUUAACACUGUCGGUCUCUCUGAAAGACGAUACAUCCUCCACUCAGUUACUACCUAGUUAGCUGCCGAGUCUGUUUCUGAAUGAUUUAUAGACCUGCUGUUUGUUUCACAAUUAUAAACUAUGAUAACUUUUGCUAAUCAUGAGAUUGUUUGACUAUAAUAAAAAUAAUGCAACAUAGCUGAAUCACUCUUACCUUUGUCUCUUUUGCAGUUCAUGGUCUUUCCUUUAGGUGGCGAUAUUUCCUUGUUUUUGUUCUGUGGCGUUUUUAAUCACUUUUAUGCUUCAGCUACUGUACGGGACAUCUGAAAUAAUGCUGUUAUAGCAAUCACUCAAGUGAAAUUCAGACUAUUUCUGGUAUUUUCAAUCCUCUUCAGAAAAUAUUCGGAUCCCCUUACACUUUUUUUGUGUUUUUAUGUUGCAGCCUGAUGCUGCAGUAAAAAAAUACGAUUUUUAUUUUCAUUUAUCUCCAUCCAGUUCCAUGACAAAGUGAA